CACAAAGAAAUAACCUGAUCUUCAAUUUAUGGGCAACGUUAUUGAGUCAUUUGCUCAGGGAAUUGGAAACGGCGUCGGCAAACUUUUUAGUUCCCCUGUUGAGUUCCUCUCCGGCAAGUCUUGUAGUUCAGUAUGUGGACCAACAUGGGACUUUCUUUGCUACAUCGAAAAUUUCUGCGUUGCCAAUCUCUUGAGACUCGCCAUGGUUUUUAUUCUGCUGUAUGCGGUUCUAUUAUUCUUUUAUCUGCUGCAUAAAUUAGGCAUAUUCGGGUGCAUUGGGCGGGGGCUUUGCAAAAUAAUAUGGGCAUGUUGUUCUUCUUAUUGUUGCAUAUGGGAAUAUGCCUGUGCUUUUUUGUGUGCCAAACUGCACAAAAUUAAAAGGAGAAGAAGGAGGAGGUUAAGAAACACUAUAGAUAACAGGUUCUACUUCGCAACUGAACAAGAUUAUAGUGAUGAAAGUAUUUCAAAUCGUUUUCCAUCACUUUCGCGUAGAAGGAGAGACUACAAAAGCUCGCAUUUGAGAAAAUCUUUACGGGUUAGAAAUGGUGAUCAUGCUCGAGUUGAGAUUAGUAGUUAUAAAAGCAAAAAGCAUCAUGGCAAUAAUGUAAUGGAACAUUGUGAUCACAAAGGCAAUGUUCAUGAUAUUAAGGUAACUCGUACAUCUAAGUUUGCUAGAAAAGGUGUCAAUAGGAGAAAAAGAAUUCUUACAAAGUAAUACCUUCUUUGUAUUAUUAAUGCAUAUGCUUAUGACUCGUUAAUUUGAGGGGGAAAAAACAAGUAUCUUCUUGCUUUUUGUCUUGUGACAUUGAUAGAAACUAUUUUCUUCUUUUCUAUUCUCUCAUGAAAUCAGUAUAUGAAGUUAUUUUAAAUGCAAUUUUGUUUUGAUCUUGAUAGGGUGACGUAUACUAUUUCUCUCUCUAAUUUUUCGAAAGAGCAUAGCAAUAUAAUUAUAAUAUAACCGGAAAAAAAAGGCAGAUAUGAUAUGAAAUUGCAAAAAUUGAAAUUAGAUCGCUUAGGGGUGAUGUUUGGAAAUGUAUAUAUAUAAAGAGAAGAGAACGUGGGUUAUAGAUUAAGUACAUAGAUUAAUGUUAUACAUUUUUGUUUUUUAAAAUGAGUUCAAAUUCAUAGUUUGUAAAAUUGUAUUGAUUUCAGCAACAUUUACCAUUUAGAAACUGCUAUACACGAGGAGAAUGAAAAAAGGAACUAAUCUCCAUCACUACUAAGUAGCGUUUGGUG